GUCCUGGGCGCGCGGUGAGGCGGAGGAGUCCGCCCAGGGCCGAGCCGGGCCCGCCAUGGACGUGCUGCGGCGCUCGUCCGUUUUCGCCGCCGAGAUCAUGGACGCCUUCGACCGCUCGCCCACCGACAAGGAGCUGGUGGCCCAGGCCAAGGCGCUCGGCCGCGAGUUUGUGCACGCGCGUCUGUUGCGCGCCGGCCUGGCCUGGAGCGCGCCCGAGCGCCCCGCGUCCCUGCCCGGCGGCCGCCUGGCCGAGGUGAGCGCCGUGCUGCUGCGCCUGGGUGAUGAGCUGGAGCAGAUCCGACCCAGUGUGUACCGGAACGUGGCCCGUCAGCUGCACCUGCCGCUGCACUCGGAGGCGGCCGUCACUGAUGCCUUCCUGGCUGUGGCCACCCAUAUCUUUGCAGCAGGCAUCACAUGGGGCAAAGUGGUGUCCCUGUACGCGGUGGCCGCAGGCCUGGCAGUGGACUGCGUGCGGCAGGCCCAGCCCGCCACAGUGCACGCCCUGGUCGACUGCCUCGGGGAGUUUGUGCGCAAGACCCUGGCCCCGUGGAUGCGGAGGCGCGGAGGAUGGACCGACAUCCUCAAGUGCGUGGUGAGAACCGAGCCCGGCUUUCGCUCACACUGGUUAGUGGCUGCCCUGUGUGGUUUUGGCCGCCUCCUGAAAGCCGCUUUCUUCCUGCUGCUGCCCGAGAGAUGAACGGGGCCUCCACCUGCAGUCCGGCUCCAGGCUGCGCCCUCCCGCCCUUCAUGCGGCCUGUGCGGGACACAGCUGGUCUAGGUCCCCGCAACAAAGGCUUCACCCUCGGUAGACUGGUCUGAGUCCAGGGCGCCUGAUAGACUGUCCCCUUGCUGGCCCCUGUGCAGUGGUUGGUCCAGCCAGGCCAAGGGGUGUGGGAACAGCAGUCAGCUGUGACCCUUGCGAGGGGUAGUGUCUGACCCAGUAAAGAUCUGUGUUCAUGGCC